AUGUACGUAUUACAUAACAAAAAACAGUGUUUUAAGGAAAUAGAUAAAGACAGUAGAAAGGAACAUAGAGAAGCAAGGAUGUCGAUUGGAUUAGGAUAUUAUAUACUUGACAGCUCACACAAUUUAGUAUUUGAAUACUUACCUAGUGGUGAAUCACCAUCAUUUGACCAUCUUUCCAAAAAGAUCAAAUCUAAUUAUUCUGAACUUCUUGAACAUAAGGGAGGUGUUACUGCUCAUGCUGAUGGGUAUAAAGUAGGUACGAAUUUGAAACUUUAUGUUUAUUUUUCUGUUACAAACAGGUUAUAUUAUUGGAGUUUAAUUGAGUUUAAACAGCACCAUGAUAUGACAGCGAAGAAAGAUGACGAAGGGAAAGGGGAAGUUAAAACGAGAGUAAACGGAGGAGAGAAUAACGAUGGUAUGGUUCAAAAAUAUUUACUUGAAAAGAUAGACACUAUAAUCCUGGAAUAUUUUGAUAAAGAUACGAUUACUACGACGAAGAUAAUGAAUAAUUAUGAUAGAAUUUCAUUAAUCUUCCAUAAUUGCGUGAAUGGAGGUCUACCCAAUGUUGAUUAUUUAACGUAUGAAAAUCGAUUUAAAGAUAUUAUCCCCAUGAGGACUGAUUUUUCUAGUGUUUUCAAUUCUACUGCUUAUAAUCUUCAACAAGUUGUUACGCAACAACAUUUAGGAGGAGGAGGAGGAUCAUCUUCAUUUAAUGGUCGUCAUGAUAAUAAUUUUAAUACUACGAUACGUAGAGGCGUUGAUGAUGAUAUGAUUGUCCCAUGGAGGAAUGGGAACAUCAAAAACGCCAAGAAUGAAUUAUAUAUUGAUAUGAAGGAAGAUAUUCAUGUAAAUUUCCGAAAUCAAAUCAAGAAUAGGAAAGGGCGAACAUAUGAUAAUAACAAUAGUAAUGGGAUAAGGGUGAAUAAUCCUAGUUGCAUGAAAUUAAUGAAUGGAUAUAUUACAGGUGUUAUCGAUGUUCGAAGUUAUUUAAAUGGUAAUCCUAUCGUUGAAAUGAAAUUGAACACAUGUGGUAAUGACAUGGGUACUCCAUCUUUACAUCCAUGUGUUGAAUUGGAAGGAGAUAUGAAUGGAGAUGAUGAUAAAGUUAUGGAUUCUUUAAAGUUCAUACCACCUGAUGGUAAAUUUUGUUUAGCUAGAUAUUGUGUUGAUUUAAACAAGAAUAACAAGAACGCUGUUGGUGUUAACAAUAGAGAUAUUGGCUUGGUUAAUGUUACAUUUGAGAAUGGGUUAGGACCACAACGGGAUGAAUUUGAAGUAAGAUUAAAUAUCAAGGGAUCGACAAUGGUUGAACACAUUGAAGAUUUGAAAUUAAAAUUAAAGUUUGUAUUAAAUCAUUCAGCGAUGAGCUGCGAAGAGGACAGUUCCACUAAGAUUAAGGUGUUAAGGACCUCACACGGAAGAAUAUCUGUUGUUAGUGGAAGUAUGGGGGGAGAUGAGGAGGAGGAAGAAGAAGAAAGAGACAAUGAUGAUAAUGGUGAUGGCAACAACUACGGUUGCAGAACUGAUCGAUGGGAAUGGAUCUUUGAUAAAGAAACCGCCACCGGGAGUCUGCCUGUGUUACGAGGAUGUAUUGAAUAUUCCAAAGAAUAUACCGGUAAUGUCAAUGGUGGUUCGGACAGCAAUAUUGGUUCUGCAAUUGGCAAUAAUAGAGUAGACUUCGAGUUAGCGACAGUGUCCAUGACUUAUUCUUAUUUGGGUCAAUUAGCUAGCGGGUGUCGAGUGAUAGCCCUAGACCUCGUGAAAAGCAAUGUGGCACGGGUGUUCAAAGGUGUGAAAUAUAUCACCCGGGCGACAGAGUACACUGUGGAGACCUGUUGA